CAUCAGAAUGAAGAACCAGAUACUAAAUCAGGUAAUCGGAGUUACAAUCAAAUCGACGAUGUGUCAAGUUGAGAGAAGGCCAAGACGAUACUUACUGGAGAUCAUCGGCCAAUAUCGGAUUCCAUCAUCUGCUAAAGGGUCCAACACGUCUAGAACAAGCAAAGGGAAUUUCAUACUUAAAAGGUUGAAUAGACUUCGGAAGAAAGCUGAUAUUUUCGCACAUGGAAUCCGUGAACAUGCGAGGCUAGGACCAAAGGUCAGUGAAAUAGUGAAGGGAAAGCUGAGUUUGGGGGUAAGAAUUCUUCAAGUAGGAGGUGUGAAUAAGAUAUUCAAACAAUUGUUUAGUGUUAGAGAAGGAAAGAAGCUGAUGAAGGCAUGCCAUUGCUAUUUGUCAACAACAACAAGCCCCAUAGCUGGUUUACUUUUCACCUCAACUCAAAAGGUUGCCGUUUGCAAUGACAAAUCAAUCAAAAUCCCAUCUCCUGAUGGUGAAUUCCUCAGAAUCCAUUACAAGGUUAUGAUUCCACUUGAGAAAAUAAAGGGAGUUAAUGAGAGUGAAAACAUGAAGAAAGCAUCACAAAAGUACAUGGAAAUCAUGACGGUAGACGAUUUUAAUUUCUGGUUUAUGGGGUUCUUGAAUCAUCAGAAAGCUUUCAAAUUCCUUCAGCAAGCAAUCUUCUAA